AUGGGCCUUUCACUUGACGCGAGGAGUCGACAGCUGUCGAGGCGUCUUUCUUCUUUUGGAAUGACAGAGGGGAAUGUCUUUGGCAGUUUGGCGCCAAACGCCCCCGCAGAGCCCCCCGCCUCUGUAGAUGCCGUGCUGAAGGAACAGGAACCAACCGGAAAAGUGCAUCUCCAUUCUGCGGACCUCUUUGAACGGCUCUGCCUCCUAUUUGGCGCUCUUCCGGCUCGGAUCUUCCCGUUUUUCGUGCCUGUGUUUCUGUUUCUGUUGGCUGAUGCCUCUGCCAUCUCCCUGUUGGUCCCCUCUGUGCUUGCUUGGGUAUUUGCGUGUCUUACUCUCGUGAUCAUCAUCUCUAGAGGGCAUCUGGCCGGCGACCCACUCCUUUGGUUCGUGUCUUGCGGCUUUAGUUUCUUAGUGGUCUCUUCUUCUCCCUUACAGCGCCUGCGACGCGCGUGGCGGUGCACGCUGCCUUCAGCACUAGAGAGCACGCACCUGCAGCUGGUGGAGUCGGAGUGCCCCGUAGAUCAUCCUUCGCUCCGGCAAACAGCUGAAGUGCAGCAGCAGCUGCGGGGUUUCUUCCCGGCCACCUUUGGGAAGAAGUAUGUGGAGGUGGUGCCUGGCAUGGGCAGCGGCGUCGCCUCUCCGAAGGAUCCGCCCGAACACCCCCUCUCCAAAGCGCUAAGAAUUGGAAUUGUCUUAAGUGGCGGCCCCGCCCCAGGAGGUCACAACGUCAUUGCUGGCCUCUAUGACUUCGUCAAACAAAAGCACCCUGAGUCAAUGCUCGUCGGGUUCAUGGGUGGACUCGAUGGUGUUAUGAACCAAAACUACACAGUGGUAACUGAGGAGCUAAUGGAAGAUUUCAGGAACCAGGGCGGCUUCGACAUGCUCUGGUCUGGCCGAGGGCGCGUUGGGGGAGAAGAGGACAUUCAGCGCGCAAGAGAGGUGUGCGAGUCGCUGGAGCUGCAUGGGUUUGUGCUAGUGGGCGGUGACGGGUCGAAUAGCAACGCGGCGCUGCUGGCGGAGUCAUUUGAAAUAGAGCUGCCGAGCUGCUGUGUGAUUGGCGUCCCCAAGACGAUUGACGGAGACCUGAAAAACGCUUUGAUUGAGGCUUCCUUUGGGUUCGACACGGCCGCAAAGACGUACUCGGAGCUCAUAGGGAACUUGUGCAUCGACGUUAACAGCUCACAGAAAGUUUACCACUUCGUGAGGGUCAUGGGGCGCAGUGCCUCGCACCUUGUCUUGGAGUGCGCAAUGCAAGCCCGCCCAAAUUUGGUCUUCAUCGGAGAAGAAGUGGAAAGAGAAAAUAUGUCCCUCGAACGCAUCGUUCAGGAACUGGUUGACCUUGUUGUCAAGCGCGCAGAACAAGGCAAGAUGUACGGCGUCAUCCUCGUCCCUGAAGGUCUUAUUGAAUUUAUUCCAGAGAUGAAGCAACUCAUCAAAGAACUCAACAGCGUUCUGAAGACCGGACAGCCCUUCAAGCCAGAGCUGCUGAAAACAACUCGCGCUGUUUGGGAUUUCCUGCCUGAUGUCAUUCAAGAUCAGCUGCUCAUGGACAGGGAAAGCACGGGAUAUAUUCAGGUUGCGAAGAUAGCGACCGAGAGGCUUUUGAUUUUAUUGUUGGAAAAUGAACUGGUGAAGCAGGGCAAAGAUCCGGAACAAUGGAGUUUUAUGCCGCAUUACUUCGGCUACGAAGGCCGCUGCGCCAUGCCUUCGAACUUCGACGCAAAUUACUGCUACUCUCUAGGCUUUGUCGCAGGUGUUCCUUUCACGACAAUGAUGUGCGUCAAGGAGGACGCCAAAGGCGUCGCUUUCCCCGCCAUCACGCGUUCCUUAGUGGACCUUGACGGACCGCUCUUCAAAGUUUUUUGCGAGGCUCGGGAGCACUGGAAGUUUGGCGACUACUACCGGGUACCAGGGCCUAUUCAGUUUGAAGGGCCUACGGCAGACGAACCCGCGUAUGCAGUGUCAAUUCCGACGAAGGAGGAGCUCCUGCAUCAAUCCGAGGCUAUUUACCAUGUUGGCUUUGGGGGACGGGUAAUCAAGAGCUUCGGCUUCCUCAGCGCUCUACAACGCGAACGACUGACGCAUCGGCCGCCCGUGCCUCCACUUUGCCUGGAUCCAAAGUGCAAGGCGAGGCCGAUGAAACAGGUUUUGUGCAAGGACCCCUAUACCCAGCGUCAGACAGAGCCCUGGUGUGAUGAACGUUCUCUGGGGCCUGCACGAGCGACUGAAGAUGGUACAAGGCAAAUGCUUGGCUUUCUUUGGUCUGACGGGCUUGAUUGA